AUGCGGAUGGCAGUUAGCCCAUUCGACCGUCAAGACGUUGGCCCAUCUAGCUCUCGUACUGUUCCUUUCGAGAUGUCUGUUGUGGAUUUAGCUAAGCAGAUACAUGAUAGAAAACAUGAAGGUAUGUCUACUACUGAUGAUGGUGAGAGUAAUCCAAGUCGCAAUGAGCUGGAACAAGAAGGAUCAUCUGGACCUCUUCUUCCUAGUCCUACAACACAAAGUUGUGAAGAAUCUGGUCUUGUCAAGAAAAGAGGAGAGUACAAGAAGAGGUCCAAGCUUGGGAUCAUUUUCAUAGGAGAGGUUAAAGGGGCACUCAUAAGUUGGAAAUUUGAUGCAGAAGCCAUUAGAAAAAGCAUAGCUGAUAUGAAUCUGACUUUGACACUAAUAUUUGUUUCUCUUCAGGAGGAUGAGAGUUCUCUUCUGCGUUUUCUACAGUGUAAGUUUGGUAAAGGACGAUCAAGUGGCCCUGAAUUUUUUUAUGAUCCCAAGUAUGCGUUGCGCCUUUGUCUUAAGGAAAAGAGAAUGCGUGCAUGUGUUCACAUAUAUAGCAUGAUGUCCAUGCAUGAAGAAGCGGUUGCUCUCGCACUGCAGGUUGAUCCAGAGCUAGCUAUGGCUGAAGCUGACAAAGUUGAAGAUGAUGAAGAGUUAAGGAAGAAACUAUGGCUUAUGGUGGCCAAGCAUGUCAUAGAGCAGGAAAAGGGAACAAAAAGGGAAAAUAUUCGGAAGGCAAUAGCUUUUCUCAAAGAGACGGACGGACUAUUAAAGAUAGAGGACAUCUUACCCUUUUUCCCAGACUUUGCUUUGAUUGAUGACUUCAAGGAGGCAAUAUGCUCAUCCUUGGAGGACUACAAUGAACAAAUUGAAAAUUUGAAGCAGGAGAUGAAUGAUGCAACUCAUGGUGCUGAUAAUAUACGGAAUGAUAUAAGUGCACUUGCUCAACGGUAUGCAGUCAUAGAUCGUGAUGAGGAAUGUGGGGUUUGCAGAAAGAAAAUCUUGAAUGUAGGUCGGGACUAUCAGAUGUCUUGGGGUUACACAUCAGCUGGAUCUAUGGCCCCUUUCUAUGUCUUUCCUUGUGGACAUGCAUUUCAUGCUCAGUGCUUGAUUACUCAUGUGACUGGUUGCACUAGUCAAAUGCAAGCGGAAUAUAUAUUGGAUCUGCAAAAGCAACUUACAUUACUAAGUAAUGAACCCCGGAAGGACUCAAGUGGUGGAUUAUCUGAAGAGGAACCAUUAACAAGCAUGACUCCUUUAGAAAAGAUCCGAUCACAACUGGAUGAUGCUAUAGCCAGUGAAUGCCCAUUUUGUGGUGACCUAAUGAUCCGGGAGAUAUCUUUGCCUUUCAUUCUUCCUGAGGAGGCAGAUGUAGCAGCAUCAUGGGAGAUCAAACCGCAUAAUGCUGGAAUGCAGAAGAGUCUUUCCCUACCAGCAUAUUAGGUUGUACAUACGAGCUUCUAUAGGCAAGCGUGUAUUUUGAAACUGUAGUUUGUGAUUGUGUACCACCUGAUGAUUCACCACUCCAUCUUUACUACUGAUGACACUUUUGCAAUCUCUUCUAUAUCAAGAUCCAGUUUUGAUCAAGGUAUCGUUGACAUUCUUUGAAAUGCUUUACUGAGUGUUUAUCAUAUCGUGCACUAAGUUAAA